CUGUUUUGAGAUUUUUUAAUUUAAAACUGUAAACAGAAUGGAAGAAACCAUGAACGAAGGGGAGGCACAUCAAUCUUUGCGAUCCCCACCUCGACGUAGAAGGUCUACAUUCUUCGAAAGACGGGAAUCGUUUAUACCACAGCCAGUAUCCGAAAAUGUAGAGCCGAGUUCAUCCAACAUGACCACAGAUGUUCAAGAAAAACACAACUCUGAACUACAGAGGUAUCAUAACCAACUCCUUGCAGAAAAGGAAAAGUGGAAAAUGGAAGUUAAGGAUAGACGAAACAUGUACCAUGACCUCAGACAACAAUACCAAAUGGCAGUAAAAGCAUCAGGUAGAUCACGGAUGUCCUAUUCAACACUCUCAAACGAUGACAUAGAAUUUAUCAAAGGAAAAUGCCAUAUUAACAAAUUAGUGGAAAGUCAACAGAAGUUACAUAAAUCAGUAAAAGAGACACGAGCAUUGUACAAAAGAGCUUGUGAGCUUGAUGAUGUUGUACUGAGUCUGUGUGAAGACAAAGUAAAUAAGAUUACAGAAUACAUAAUUGAUAAUAGUACAAUAGAAAGUAAAUAGUAUGAGUUAUGGCAAUUAUUUCAACCACAAUAACAGAACAA